GAAACAAUCAAUUAAGAGUGUUUAAACAGAGAAACCGUUAAUUAUUGACCAAAAGUACAUAGAGAGACGCACCUGACACGCAUGACGUAUUUUGGGUGAGAGGUUACUAAAAAUUAUGACGGACCGGUAAAAUGAAAACAAAAACUUCCAGUGACUAUAUUUAGCAAAAAUCGGAACAAACGACGCCGUAGAAAAUAAUUAUAAAUCUAGGAUUACGAUUAAUAUAACAUGAUGCACGAGGCGAAAGUUUGCUCAUAUACCGGCACCAAAGCUCGAUAAUUGUAUACUUGGUCACCUUCCCUCUUUGGUAAGAGUUUGCAAGGAAAACCAAUUUGAGAGAUAUCCUUUAAUUAGAAAAUGGUGCAAAGAACAUGGUCCGGUGAUUGUGUUAUGGGUCCUGCACAGGGAGAUUGUGUGCAUCAUACAUCCAAGUGCUGUCAAGGAACUUUUGCUAAAGCAUCCAAAAUGCCCCCAAACAUAUGGGACUUUAGUCUCAGCAUUUGGAACAAGGAUAUUUGGAAACAGCCUUGUGACAAAUGUGAACCACACAGACUGGAAAGUUAUGAGAAAAUCCAUCAAUCCAGCAUUUUCCACAAGGUCCCUCAAGUCCAUGAUGGAGGUACUCAACAAACAGGCAGAUGAUUUCACAUCCGAGCUAAGCAAACUAGCAGAUGGGAAAACACAAGUAUGCAUGCUGGACCAUUUUGGAGCUGUAACCCUUGAUGUCAUUGGAAAGGUUGCCUUUAAUAUGGACAUCAAUGCGUCAUAUGGAGAAGCAACUGUAUUCCAAGAUUGUGUAUCCACAAUCAUUGAUGCUGUUGUUAUGGUAUACAGAAAACCCCUAGGAAAUUGGGACCCAAGGUUAAAAACCUUUAGACAAACACUAAACAAGUCAAUUGAAAAAUUACGAGAAACAGCCAAACAGUUGUUUAGGAAAAGACAAGAAGAGAUUGCAGAUGGAAAAGAUGUACCAGUUGAUGUCAUAACAUUACUUUUACAAGCUCAAGAGAGGCAUGGGUGGUUUACAGAAGAGAGAUUACUUGAUGAAUUUGUGACUAUCUUUAUUGCUGGUCAGGAAACAACAGCGACAGCUCUGACUGCAUUGCUGGUGGAACUAGGGAGAAACCCCCACGCUUUACAAAGAUUACAAGAGGAAGUUGACAGUAUAAUGGAUAAUGAAGAUGACUAUAUAACAUAUGAACAAUUAUCAGAGUUUGAUUAUCUAUGGAUGUGCCUCAAAGAAACUAUGAGAAUAUGGCCCCCUGCACCUGCCACCAUGCGAAGCUUAAAACAUGAAACUGUAUUAGAUGGUCAUAAAUUACCAGAAGGAACAAAAUGUUUGAUACCAUUUUGGGUGCUACAUAUGAAUGAUGAGUAUUUUCCAGAACCUUUUAAAUUUAAACCAGAAAGAUUUGAAAAGCAAAAAAGUGUGCCAUGGACGUAUCUUCCUUUCUCUGGUGGACCCAGGAACUGUAUUGGACAGAUGCUAUCACAGAUUGAAGCCAAAGUCAUAAUUGCCAAAUUCUUUAAAAAAUUUAAUUUCGAACUUACACCAAAUCAAUCAUUUGCUCCUACUGAGGUUGCCACCAUAAGGCCAAAAGAUGGGGGAUUAUGUACAUUGACA